AUGACUCGUGUUACGCAAGGCGAUGGAAUGACAGAGAAUGCUACUCUCUUUGCAAGUGCAUAUUGGGCUGGUGAUGCAGAUCAACAACAAAGUUAUCCAUCAAUGGGUCUAUGUAUGCAACGUUUGGAACUGAAAUUGAGAAUGUUAUUAUUGAGCAUCCCGAGCGUAUUUGAUGCUCAAGUAUUUGGUAUUCCUGAUGAACGAUAUGGUGAAGAAGUAUGCGCCUGGAUUACAUUAAAGCCGGAUACAUCAACAUGUACUACUGAUGAAAUUGCCUAA